UUUUUUUUUCGCUAUAAAAGCCAGCUCACACGGCUGAUGGCAAUUAGUUGUGGAAGCGACAGUUUAGCCCACUCGGAACUUGUAAAUCAGCUGUUUAGCAAGUAUCUUGUAAGAGCUCACGCAAUAAACCAAGAAGAAAACGAUGAUAAAAACAUUUGGUGUCGUCCUCCUAAUGAUGGUGGCGGCAACGUAUUCCAUCGAUUAUUGCUCCGAAUCACUCUGUGACGGCUCAUCACACAUUGCCUGCAAAAAUACAGGGAAAUUCGCCCCAGAGUGUCCAUCAAAUACGGUUCUCAUCGACUUCAAUGGCAAAUUAAAAGACUUUGCUGUAAGAUCACACAAUAUUUACCGUGACCAAAUUGCCAGAGGAAAGAUUGACGGCUACAAAAAGGCUGCACGAAUGGCAGCUCUUGUAUGGAAUGAUGAAUUGGCCAAGCUCGCCGAGUACAAUGUAAAAAGAUGCAUUUUUGGACACGAUGAAUGUCGUAAUACUGCCGUGUUCAUGUAUGCUGGUCAGAAUUUGGGCCUAAUUAAAAACUCAAAAAAACUCCCAACGCCAGAAGAUGCCAUUGAAACCAUCACCAAGGGCUGGUUCGAUGAGUUUAAAGACGGCAACAUGAAUGUCAUCGAUAAAUUUCGCCAUUUGGAUAAAAUGAUUGGACACUUCACGCAAGUUGUACGAGAUGAAGCGUAUGCAGUCGGAUGUGCAAUGGUGCAAUUCAAAAAGGGCCGAUGGCACACUACCAUUUAUGCCUGCGAUUAUACGUUGACAAACAUCAAUGGCUAUCCCAUUUAUGAAAAAUCAUCGAAAACCGCAUCGGGAUGCAAAACUGGAACCCACAAAGAAUUCCGUGGACUUUGCAGUGCCAAAGAAGUUUUCAACAAUAAUUUGUUUUACAAUUGAUUCGGAAAAUGGUUUAAAUGGCAAUAAUCAAUGAAAAUAGUCUAAAAAAAGAUCUCUCCUAUGUUUUGAUUGAAUUUAAAUAUAGCAGUAGAAUUUGUUGAAGUUUUUUUUUUCAAAAUUUCUUACAUCAAAAUUUAGUUUCAUUUAAAAAAAAAUCUUGCGCAAAAUUUGUGCAUACAAAAUUCAUUUUGAAGAAGUAAAAUACAAAUUGAGUAAUAAAUUGAAUAAAAAACCGA